UAAUCAAAGGAAAUUUCCGACUCUUUGUCAAAAACGAAGAACAAGUUGAUUCAAAACACUUGAUGUAUAACUUGACUUUGUUGGCCACGAAUGGAAAAAAAUAUCAGUUUAUGGGAUUCAAGUUAUUAACUAAUACAACCGUACAUAAUGCAUAUGCAGAAACAACAACAAUAUAUGCUACUAUAUAUGAAUAUAAAAAUGGUGAUGAAACGUCGAAUGCUGGUGUAGACAUUAAUCGAAAAAUAAUCGGAAGAGGAAUUUUACGUAUCUCUUUUUCUGAUUUUUUUAAACAGAUUCGUACUUUCAAG